AUCUUCCAUCCGUCCUUCUGUCCAUCUAUCUAUCUGUCUAUCGUUCCAUCAUUCUAUCCAUCCAUCUAUCCAUCCAUCUGCCCAUCCAUCCAUCCAUGAGCAUGUAAACACCUCCUCUGCCUCAUGGGUAAUCUGUUGUGUUAUAAUAGUCACACUUUUCAGGAAAAAAAGAGAGCAAAAAGAAAGGAAGUGUGUGGUACAGUAGAGCUCACUGUUCAUCAUCUCCAGCAGAGAAACGGAACAACUGGCAAGUCACACACAGUCACACAUCCACACCCUCCCUAACCAAUCCGAUUACACAUCCUGCAAAGUCCCGCCCUCUCCCAAAUGGGCCUCAGGCAGUGGCGUAUAAAUACACCUAUUACUGAUUCACUCUGACACUACCUUACACUGACUCUCCAACUCUCUGAACCACUCUGGACUAUGAUGCUGACAGCGCCCGCUCUACUGCUGCUGCUGCUUGGCCUAGGCAUCAAUGCCAUGCCCAACGGACACUGGGAACUCCAGGGAUCCUCUCGUUGUGUGCCCAUCCCAACCAACAUGGCCCUGUGCCAGGGUCUGGGCUACAACAGCAUGCGGAUGCCCAACUUGCUGGGACACGAAUCUCCGGCUGAAGCGGUUCAGCAGAGCACCAGCUGGCUGCCGCUCCUCGCCCGGGAGUGCCACCCGCACGCCCGCAUCUUCCUGUGCUCGCUCUUCGCUCCCGUGUGCCUCGAGAGGAUCAUUUCACCAUGUAGGAGUUUGUGUGUGUCAGUACGGGACAGCUGCGCCCCCAUCAUGAACUGCUACGGUUACCCCUGGCCCAGAAUACUACAAUGUGACCAGUUUCCCAAAGAUCACCUAAUGUGCAUUUCCUCAGUUGCGCAUAUGCAAAACGGCACCAGCAAUGAAGGCCGAGGUAAACAAAGAUCUUUUCCCUACCAUAUACUUUCACAGAGUCGCGCAGACAAAAACAAUGCUGGGUUUUCUCCAUCAAACCGGUUUUUGUGGUUUGUUUCAGUGAUGCCACGUGCGAGCUGCACGGACUGUGAGUUAGAGGAGGCUACGUCAUCCAAAGAACUGCUCGAUCUCUUCUGUAAAAGUGACUUUGUGGUUAAAGUGCGUCUAUCCAAACUGAACUCCAGUAGUUCCGUCCUGACCAUGUUCUCCCUGGGUUCUCGGGUGGAGGUCCUAAAGCACGGUCCGCUGCUGGGAGGAGAAAUGAGGAGUCGCCUGACACUGUGGCUGGAGCGAGACGUCACCUGUGUGGGCAACCUGACCCGCAACCAUCCUGACGGAGGAACCUUCCUGUUGACGGGGACUGUGACGGGCAAGAGACUGCUAGUCACCAAAGCUUUCAGCUGGGAAAAACGCCAGCGGCACCUCAACCAAGCAGCACGCAAGUGGAAAAGCCAUCGGUGUAGAGGGUAGAGUUUCAGAUGGCGGGACAAAGAGGGAGUUUAAAAACGUAUCUCAGUGUGUUCAUAAUAUUGUAAAUAAUAGAAGAUCUUUGUACUAUAUUUUUUAAAGAUAUUAAACGAUUUAAGGUGUUUUUUUAAAACUAGAAUCACGUGUCCAUUUCCUGUCACAAAUCUCAGUGCUGCUUUUACAUCCAUAAUUAAUGAGUCGAACUCAAAACUUCAAGAUUUAAUAUAUAAAAAUAAAUCUCUACAGCAGAAAC